AUGCUGUUUAAUCUCGGCCUGACAGCGGAUGCGGCCGCUGCCCAUCGUCACGAAUUCUCUCCCCAGGCGGAGGAGAAACCGGAAGAGAAGCGACAGCGCUUGCCUUUUGCUCUCCCCGCGCUACCGACCAUUACGAUCAACUCCCCGUUCGGUCCCUCUUCCUCCAAGUCGGUAGACGAUAGCAUGCCCGCCAGCGGGCAACCUCCCUUGUCAACCCAAUCCUCGCGCCCCAGUAGUCUCUAUUCUUCCAGCGACAGCGAUGGCGAUGACAAUACUACCAGCGCAUUCGUCCCCACCAGACCCUCCGUCGCCAUCCCAAAGCGCUCUGCCCGAUCCAAGACCAAGACCACCUUCCAGCUCGCGCAUCCCCCCGGCAAUCCCCGCCACUGGCGAUGGAGACUACGACCCAGAUUGCUCCUUCAAUUGCAGCAGGUCGGCCCGACCUCUCGUCCCGUGCCCGCGUUCGACGUGCUCCCCGCCGCGAUAUCGCCCCGGUUGGCGUGCAAAUUCCCCAAGCUUUUCGGAGCCGUCCAUCGCCUAGGUCCGCGGGACCUCAUCGUCCUCACCAGCGACUCGUACGAACCACCCAAUUCGGGGGACGAUGACAGGAGUGUGUCGUCCGAGGAAUACGGCCAAGAUCAGAGGGAAGCGGUUGCCACCAUCUGCCAGCCUCUCAGGGAGGAUGCCAUCCGCAACGGGCAGAUCGAAAUCCGCCUGAAUUCGGGCGUGUCGUGGGAGGGGACGCCUCUGCCCAAUGGCUCGUAUGAAUUCAUCUCGAAAGGCGAGCAGCAAUCUCGCAAAGCCCGGUGGGUCUUGCGGAACCGGGGAAGUCGUCGAACCUCGGGGUCGGGGGUUUCCGAAUCUGGCGAGCCGUCCAAACGGUUCACCUUCAGCAUGAUCAACCCGAAUACGCGGCGCCAUCCGGUCAUUGCCUCGAUGACUCGCAACAGCAUCGACGUGUACGAACAGUAUUCGCCGGUAUCCCCGAGCGAGGAAGUCACGUCCCCCGUAUCACUCGCUGAAUCUGUCGGCGGCAACGGCGAGACAGAGCGGGAAUUGAUCAAUAUGGAAGAUGACCUUCGGACGCUCAUUGUCGUCACCGGUGUCUGGAUAGCGUUCAGGGAGGGCUGGUCGAAGAAUUUCUCCUACAGCGACGCGUCACCGCGGAGUGACAGUUCGGUUAGUUCGCCAGUGUCUCCGAAACAACAGUCAUCCACGGUCUCAGGACAGGAAAAGGACACGACAGCAGCGGAAGGGCGAAGGCUCAGAAGCUCGACUUCUUCGCGACAGCCGUUGUCAAUCAACCGGUCUCUAACCCUCCCUUCACAGAGGUUGCGGUCGUUGUCGUCCGCUUCACACACUUCCCAAAAGCGAGCCGACCGCCGCAGUGCGUCGGCAUAUCUUUCCGACUGGUCCAACAAGACAGUCCCUAAUGAUCUGAAGUGGACUGAUCUGAGAGAGGAUGGCCAGACAUCUACCGAUACUGACCCACAACAUCUGACAGAAACCAGCCCGUCGGAUACAAGGCGAAGCGUGCGCGGUCAGGAAACCAGCAACACCCACGCCCCUGAGGGGAAUGGCGAUAGAAAGAAAGAUAAAGAGACAAAAACAAAGGGCAAGCGAUGGCACCGACUCAGCGCAAUAUUUGGGAAGAAGAGACACUGA